AUGCUCAUGCGCCGUAAGCCAAAGUUCCCUUAUCUUGGCGUCUCUCGGUUCACGUGGGAUCGCCGCAUUGACAAAGCUACGAAAGCUGGUACGCUCAACACUGAUAAGUACUGGAACAUCAUUGGUAUCAGCUCCGCCUACUUGUGCAUCUACAAUAUGUCGUUUCUCAUGCUGCCUGUCACGAGAAAUUCUCCCUGGAUGGAAUUUUUUAAUAUCUCGUAUGCUAAUGGCGUCAAAUUUCACCGAUGGAUCGGAUUUAUGACCGUCAUUACGGGCGUGGUUCAUAUGCUCGGCUACUGGAUCUAUUGGAUCCGUCUAGGUACGUGGCAGGAGAACCAGCUCCCGUGCACAAGCUGCAACUUCACGCUAGACGAACCGGGUGGCGGUUAUUAUGUCUGGUUCAACAUCUUUGGUUUCAUUUCAGUGCUCGCUCUUGUGCUCAUAGUUCCAACUUCGUUCCCCAUUAUCCGUCGCAAAGCUUACGAGUGGUUUUAUAUUACUCACUGGGUGCUGUUUGUCAUUGCCGUACUAUUCGCGAUCUUGCACUGGGCUCAAAUUUUGUGGUGGAUCUUGCCAUCAGGUUGUGUGUGGUUCGUUAGCCGGGCCGCUUCUAGCUGGAACGCCAUGACUCCUGUCUCGGUUAAGGAGUUUACAAUCAUUGGUGAAGGUCAGGAGGAACUUGUUAAGUUAGUUGUCAAACGUGCCGCUCCAGGGACGUCGCCCUCCUCACCUUCUUAUGAUUAUAAGCCUGGUAACUUUUUGUAUCUCAACAUACCUCAGAUCUCGAAGUUUGAGUGGCAUGCAUUGACGAUUGCGUCGUCUCCAAAGUCAAGCCCUACCGACGUCACAGUCCUAAUCAAGCCUCUUGGCGACUGGUCGAAAAGCUUGGUGCAACAUGCCAAGGACAGUCUCCACGAUAACGUUAUGCCUUUGAUGUACAUGGAUGGUUUCUAUGGCGCUUCUUUGGAGCUGUACGAAGAUUACUCCACCGUGUGUCUGGUCGGUGGUGGUAUCGGCGUGACGCCCGUGCUUGCUAUCCUAGAUGAUCUUGCUGCCAAGUUAUCUGUCAAUGGCGCCAAUUGGACCCAGCGUGUGAUUUUUAUUUUCGCAUUCCGUGAGCUCAGUGUGUUUCAAACUGUUGCACCUGUGCUUGCAAGGCUUCGUGAGCUCGACCCAAAUAGACAAUUAUUUCGUACUCAUCUAUUCGCAACGGGCACAUAUUCGGAAGAUGUUCUUGCUAAAAAGCUCGAGACUUCGCCGUCAAAGGAGGUAAUGGAUGUGGUGACGGUAAAGCUCGAAAGCCGAGCAGCUCAUCCCUUCUACGAGCCACUCCGCUCUAGCAAUACCUUGCGCUUUAUCAUGUACGCGAUGCUCUACGUGAUUGCAAUCGGUGUACUAUUUUCUGUUCGGUGGGGAAACGGUGUCAUUCAAGGUGAUAACCGUUGGGAGUUGUGGCCCCUUGAUCGCGCCUUCCAGCUUGCGAUAUUCUGCAUGACAAUUGUUGUAGUAUAUGCAUUCGUGUGGUAUGAAUACAUCAUGUUUCAUCGUAGCCACGUCUCGAAAGAGGAGACACCUCCUACUGCAGACACACCUCAGUCAAAUGGUGUUGCGUUUGGAGGCGAUGUCCACACGAUGGGAGAUCUUAUUCACCACUUUGACGUAGCAGUGGGCGAGCGUCCGGACAUGCAUUCACUCUUGCAACAAACGCUUUUGAUUCACAAGAAGGAUGAUAGCUCCGAAAAUUUGCUACCUGCAGUUGGGGUGAUAGUAUCUGGACCCCCAGCACUUAAAAUGGUUACUAACGAGGCUGUUUACAAUCUCGGUGGUGGUAACUUCGACGUUCACGAAGAAGAGUUUGAAGUUUAG